AUGGAAUCGAGCAUUGCAUCGUUCCACAAAGAAAUUGAAAAGUUGAACAAAAUGCAGUCUAAAUGUGACAAGGUAUCUUCUGUGAAACAAAAGCUCUGCUGUCAUCCUUUUAUGUUGGAAGGAGUUGAGCCAGAAGAUCCUCAUGAGUUUAACAAGCAAUUCAGAGAAGCUUCGGGAAAGUUUCAACUUUUGGACAAGAUGAUGGUUAAACUUAAAGAGCAGGAUAUUGAUAGCGAAGACGAUAUAGGGCACAAGGUCACAUAUGUAAAACAUUCGAGUUCUGUGGCAUCAGAUCCCCCAUCGGUUGUGCAGUUGCCUCAAGUUGGAACAAUCUCUCCUGGAGAAUCAUCGUCAAAUGGAGCAACUUUUGAUGUCGAGAUGAAGGAUAGCUCCUCCAUUUUUCCCUGA